ACCGACCGGCAGACCGACCGGGCCCUGGAGCCCUCAUCCACGUUCAUCAUCAGAGUGCAGGACAUCAACGACAACCCACCUCUGUUUGAGGAAGGGCCCUACAGCGCCACAGUGCCUGAGAUGGCCAACAUAGGUACUGCAGGGGUGCCGUUGUCUUUUUUAAUCUGCUGCUGCUUGCUACCUUUAAUAAUAAUUUUACCCAUUUUGAUGUGUGCUUGCUUUUCAAAGCUCGGUCUCAGAUUGAGAUGUUCAGUCAAUCAUGGCUUCAAUAUUUACCUGGAUUCGAUAUUUACCAAGGUGUUUUUCAAAAUGCACAAUGGUUUGUUGCGAGACUAGCACCUAGCGGCGCGUGAGAGUCUUAUCAAAGAACUGUUACAUAAAACUGGUAAUAUCUUCCACCGUCAAUGCCACAGUGGUGAUGGAAUGGGAUAAUGAUAGUAGUCACACUGACACCAAGUCAGCUUGUUGAAGAGAUUGGUUGAGAUAUCUUUCAUCAUCUCCUUUCACUAUGAAUCGAGAUUGAGUUUGCUUCCCCUGAUUGUGAAUUUCAGCCCUAAGUCUAGAUUUAAGUGGAUACGAGGAUUUGAUUUCUACCACUGCUUUAGCAUUACAGUAUUUCACAUGGAAAUGAUCCACUAUGGUAUUCACACAGUAUCCAUUCACUGGUAAUACAUCUCAGUCUGAAUGCAUCAUCACUCCAAAUUGUGACUGUGUUUUAGCAGCCUGCAUAUCAUAAGGUUUCUGUCUCUCUUGUGCUUGUUCUGUCAAACCCCACAGUCAAACUUGUUUGAUCUGUCUAUCUGAUCAUUCUUGUACUGCCGCGUACCUCAAAACAAUUGCUCCUCUCGCCCUUCCUCUCUCUCUCUCCAUCUUCCAUUUGCCUUUCCUCUGCCUGUUAACUACCUGUGAUAGAUCAGUAACCAGUUUCCCCCUCCCUCCCUCCCUCGCCUCUCUCCCUCCCUCGCCUCUCUCCCUCCCUCGCCUCCCUCGCCUCCCUCCCUCCCUCCCUCCCUCCCUCCCUCCCUCCCUCCCUCCCUCCCUCCCUCCCUCCCUCACUCUCUCUCCCGGUGACACUGUCAGGGCUUUGAUGUCAGAAAACAGCAACAGCUGCUCCCACAAAUCCCUUCUACCCUCAGAGCUUGUCAGCCCAGUGCCCCAUGGGAAACGUAGUUCUUCUUUCCAAACUGUAUAUAUAUUUUUUUGCUACAAUUUCAAUUUCUCACAUGAAGCUGACGGUCUUUGAUUUAUUUGGUGGGAAAAAAGUCCAUAUCUGUCAGGAGAGGCAGGGAUUCAGGACAUGAGGGAGUCAGGGGGGAGACAAGGGGGGCAACCGACAGACGGAGAGAUUGAGAGAGGGAGCAAAAGGGAAUUGGAGACGGAGAUGAAGAGAAAUGAAGUGAGACAGACAUAAUCAAGAGAGAAAGAAGGUGAGCAGCAGGGGAGAAAGAAAGUGAAUAAAGUAUUUGUCACACUGCUGCCGAAAGAGAGUGAGGGGGUAUGAGAGAGCGAGAGGGAGAGAGAGAUGGAGAAAUAGAGAGGUAGGAGUUGUCAGCCAGCCAGCCAGCCAGCCAGCCAGUCAGUCAGUCAGUAUUUGGCUCUCUGGUUGUUGUGGUGUGCUAAUGUACUGCUGUGUCUGGGCAGUGUGUGUGUGUAUGUGUGUGUGUUAUGUUGUUUUAACGCUGCUCUGCUUUCUCCCUCCUCCCUCAGGUACUUCUAUAAUCCAGGUGACAGCGACAGAUGCUGAUGACCCAACCUAUGGCAACAGUGCCAGGCUGGUGUACACACUUGUGCAGGGACAGCAGUUCUUCUCUGUGGACCCACAGACA